CUCCGGCAUCUGCUGAUGGCUGGUGUGUUGACGUUUUCGGAUUUCGGGGGCUGCCGGCUAGCAAAAAAUAGGAAAUUCAAGACGUUUUCAACAGAAAUGACAAGACCGGAAGAUUAUAAAUUAAACGGAUAUUUUUCUUGAAUCUUUUUAUCAUUAAAGAUGACUGCAGAGGUGCAAAUUUCGUCCAUCCUCAACAAAGUCAUGAAAAUUGACGCCGUUGAGGAGGCUUUUUCUCUGUACAUCGUGCACAAAAAUGAGACGAGAGGGCAGAAAUACGCCACAAUUAGCGAAGACUUGAAAAAAGUAUUCUCCAGCCUAAACGCCGAGCAACAGGAAGUGGGAGUCAAACACUUUCUUCUUUUGACGGCAGAGACUUCGAAUUUGAGUAGACUCCAGUUGUUGCUCAGCCUAUUGGAGCAGCUCGUCGUUGAAAGUGUACUGCCAGCUAGGAUGGUGUGUGAGGCGAUUAUGACCUGUGAAAAGCUCCAGUACCAAAGGCAGAAUUUCUGGGUUGAAUGCUUUAAAUUAAUCUCGAAAAUCCUCUCUGGUGUGGAUUACAAGGGAGUGAGAUCAGUCAUGAAGUCAUGCAAAGAAAAGGCUCAGAGCAUUCCUGCUGAUUUGAACGCCUCGAUCGCUCCCCAGCUCAAAGCUCUAAUGGAUGUUCUGGAAUUGAUAUUUGAUAGGAAUGCUUGUCUUCUCCCAGGAUACUUUAUUGUGACUGAAAUCCAAAAAGCCUAUCCUAACAACACCAACUGGCCACACUGGAAAUUGGCAAAACUUUUAUCAAGUUUUGUGGAAGGAUUUAGACCUCUGGCUCAGAUGAUCAGCAUAAUUGGCCGAUCUAAAAUGCUGCCCAUCGUCGAGCACUCGGGUGGUGGUCAAGACAAUUUAAACACGUCCUGGCUCCUUGACACCUCUACCUUGAAACUCACUUUCAAGGGCAACCUUCCGUAUGAAAAAGACCUUCUCGAGCCUCAAACGAAGCUCUUGAGAUAUGUUUUGGAACAGCCGUAUUCUAGAGACAUGGUUUGUCUCAUGCUCGGACUGACCAAACAGAUGAAGCAGCGGUGUCUUGCCCUUGAAGAGCAAAUGGUUGAAUUGAUGGUGGCCGCAAUGGAAAAAUCGGAAGAAGAGCCGGUUCAAAUGGAAGUCAGCACAGAGGAAAACACCCUUUCCUCAGCAAGUCAUUUACUCUGGCAGCAUUUGUCUUCACAGCUCAUCUACUUUGUCCUGUUCCAAUUCGCUAGCUUUCCAGACAUUGUUAGCGCUUUGCACAAAAAGCUGGCUGAAAAAGAUCUGAAGAAGGGCAGAGACCACCUAAUGUGGGUCUUGCUACAGUACAUCAGUGGCAGCAUCCAGAGAAAUACUCUCAAUACUCUACUUCCUGUGCUGUGUCUCUGUGACUUUUUGUACCCUGAAAAAGAUCCACUGCCGGUUCCUGACUAUAAUGAGCCUAUCAGCUCUCGUCAGUUGGCGGCAACAAGUAUCUGGAUUCACCUUUUGAAAAAGGCUCAGACUGAAAAUAAAGAUAUUCAAAGACCAGUGCCAAAUGCCUUUAAGAACCACCACGAGUUUUUGCAGCACUUAGUGUUGUCAAACAAUACUCAACUGACCAUGGGCUCCGACUACCGGAUUGCGAUUCUCUGCAACGCUUACUCGACAAACCAGGACUACUUCACAAGACCGAUGGCUGCCUUGGUUGAAACAAUAUUUGGUAGUCAAAAGCCAGGGCAGACCCCGAUUGCAACGCCCAGUGGCAUGAGCAACGGUCCAACCACACCACUUUCAAUGGAAGUGUUGGACUCGUUAACUGUACAUUCCAAGAUGAGUCUGAUCCACAGCAUUGGCACCCAUGUUGUCAAACUCGCCCAGUCAAAGUCACAUUUGCCUCUCGCCCCUGCCCUCGUCGAGACAUACAGCCGACUGUUAGUUUACACAGAAAUCGAAACCCUCGGCAUCAAAGCAUUUAUUAGUCAACUUUUACCAAGUGUGUUCAAGUCUCAUGCAUGGGGCAUUUUGUACACUUUGCUCGAGAUGUUCAGCUACAGAAUGCACCACAUUCAGCCCCAUUACCGAGUCCAGCUGCUCAGCCAUCUCCAUAGCCUGGCUGCUGUUCCACAAACAAAUCAAGUGCAGUUGCACCUGUGUGUGGAAAGCACAGCCCUUAGGUUGAUCACAGGCCUCGGAAGCACAGAAGUGCAACCACAACUUUCUAGAUUUACAGGAGAGCCUCAGGUUUUGGUUUCAGUUGAGUCCGAGGAGCUCAACAGGGCAUUUGUUUUGACCUUGGCAAGAGCCAUCCAUGUGACUAGAUCAGGCUACGAAUCUUUGUCUGGAACUUGGUACAAGACAGUCCUGAAGGCCAUCAUGACUAAUACACCACAUUCCUGGGCUAAUCACACGCUAGCGUGCUUUCCGCCAGCCUUGAAUGAGUUCUUCCAGACAAAUACAGUGCAGAAGGAAAAUAAACAGCAGCUCAAACAUUUUACACUGCAGAAAGCUGUCGAGGAGGAGUACCGGAAUUGGGCAUCUAUGACUAAUGAAAAUGACAUAAUUGCCCAUUUCACUGUACAAGGAACGCCUCCUUUGUUCCUCUGCCUGCUGUGGAAGAUGAUUCUAGAAACUGACAGGAUCAGCCCCAUUGCCUACAAAAUUUUGGAGCGAAUUGGUGCAAGACCACUCUCUGCCCAUCUUCGUAAAUUCUGUGACUACUUGGUAUAUGAAUUUGCAAAUUCGGGAGGUGGGCAGCAUGUCAACAAGUGCGUAGACGCCAUCAAUGAUAUGAUGUGGAAGUACAACAUUAUUACUAUAGACAGGCUGGUUUUGUGUUUGGCUUUGAGAACUCAAGAAGGCAGUGAGGCCCAGGUCUGCUUUUUCAUCAUUCAACUUCUCCUGCUGAAGGCUGCUGAAUUUAGAAAUAGGGUCCAAGAGUUUGUCAAGGAAAACUCUCCAGAGCACUGGAAACAGUCAAACUGGCAUGAGAAGCACUUGGCUUAUCACAGAAAGUACCCUGAGAGAUUUGCUCCAGAUGGCAACAUGGACCAAGCUGGAGGGAACUCGUCGUCAGUAUACAACACUCUGCCCGUGUACUUUGGCAACGUCUGCCUGAGAUUUUUGCCAGUUUUUGACAUAGUGAUUCAUCGAUUCCUUGAAAUUCCCCCAAUCAUAAAAUCACUGGAAACUUUGCUUGAACACCUUGGUUGUCUCUACAAAUUCCAUGACCGUCCAAUUUCUUACUUGUACAACACACUUCAUUACUUUGAGCACAAAUUGAGAGACAAGGCAAGUCUUCGACGGCGCCUCGUUUCAGCCGUCAUUGGCUCUUUGAGAGAUAUUCGACCCAGUGGGUGGAGCCUUUCAGAGCCUUAUCAAAAUUACCUUCGUCAGACUGAUGACAAACCUUGGAAUCCAGAGCUGGACUAUUACAUUCACCUGGUCGAGCGAGUCGUUGACACACUCAAUGGCAAACCACCCAUUCCACCAACUGACUGGCGCUUUAACGAGUUCCCUAAUGCUGGUGCCCACAUUCUCUACGUCACUUGUGUGGAGCUGAUGGCAGUCCCAGCCACUCCGAGUGUUGUUGCUGGAUUCUUACUAGAUGUGGUUUUCAAAGGCUAUCCAAUGAUUCCUGUCAAGGACAUGGAGCUAUGGAUCAACGCUGUGGGUCAAGUUUUGGCUGCUCUUCCCGAUGCCUACUGGAAUGAGCAUCACAUCAGAUUGACGCAGAUUCUCGAGUCAAUGAAAGUCUGGAACUACAGAAACACUCCAUUCCAACUGUUCAACUUCAAAGAGUGCCAUGAUGGAUUAUUGGAGAACAAGUUUGCCUACUCGCUCGCAGUUGCACAUUCUCUCUGGCACCACUCCGGAGUUGGACAAAUGAGUUUCUUCCCAAGAUUCAUCAAGGAGCACAUCCAGCCCCAUGUGCAGAAUGAGGAGCAACUCUUGUUCGCAUGCCAUCUGAUUGGCCCUUUCCUGCAACGGUGCAAACCCGAACAGCUUUUCGAAGUGACUGUUUGUUUGAGAGAGAUGCUGGAGCAGGUCGACAAACCUGGGGACCAACUCAAGUACAUGGAUCCAGUCUGCGACCUAUUUUACCACAUCAAGUACAUGUAUCUAGGUGAUAUGAUGAAGUCAGAAGUGGAGGGCAUUUUCAGAAAACUAAGUCCUGCGCUCCAAGUGAGGCUGCGAUUCAUUGCACACCUCAAUCCGGACGAAAACACUGCGACAGGAGCCGCUUCCACUCCUGCGGCCGUUACACCAACAGCGAGUGCACCCGUCUCAACAAACCCACCACCAGGUCCAGUCAAUUAAGCAAAAGGGUCGCCUGUCGAAGUGCCAGUCACGAUUAGCCCGUCGGACAGGAAAAACUCUGCAGCUCUUGCCGUCUCUUCGAUGCUGACAUCAGCCGUGAUUGCGUGGGAGCUGAAUCAUUAUUUUGUAAUAUAAUUCUUGAUAUUUGAUUUUUUUAACACUUCUCCUAUUUAUUUGCGUAUAGAGUAGAAUUUUGUUAUCAAAUAAAUAUAAAAAAUCACAUAUCUGUGAAAUUUU